AUGGAGGACGGCGUGCUCAAGGAGGGCUUCCUGGUGAAGAGGGGUCACAUUGUUCACAACUGGAAAGCUCGUUGGUUCAUCCUUCAGCAGAACACGCUGCUGUACUACAAGCUGGAGGGGGGCCGGAAGGUGAACCCUCCAAAGGGCCGGAUCCUUCUGGAUGGCUGCACCAUUACCUGCCCCUGCCUGGAUUAUGAAAACCGACCCUUCCUCAUUAAGCUGAAGACUAAAACAUCCACUGAGUACUUCCUGGAGGCCUGUUCUCGAGAGGAGAGGGAUGCCUGGGCCUUCGAGAUAACUGGGGCUAUUCACGCGGGGCAGCCAGGGAAGGUGCAGCAGUUGCACGUUCUGAAAAAUUCCUUCAAGCUACCCCCUAACAUCAGCCUGAUUGCUAUUGUGAACAAGAUGCAUGAUAGCAGCAGUGGAGUCCGAUCAAGCCCCAACAUGGAGCAGGGAAGCACUUACAAAAAGACCUUCAUAGGCUCUGCCCUGGUGGACUGGCUCAUCUCCAACAACUUCUCGGCCAGCCGCCUGGAGGGCGUGACUCUGGCCUCUGUGCUUUUGGAGGAGAACUUUCUCAGGCCUGUGGGCUCGCGUAGCAUGGAAGCCGUGCGCUCUGGGGAUCUGGCCGAGCAGUUCCUAGAUGACUCCACUGCCCUGUACACCUUUGUUGAGAGCUACAAAAAGAACUCAAUCCCCAAGGAAGAACUCAACCUCAGCACGAUGGAGUUAAGCGGCACUGUGGUCAAGCAAGGCUAUCUGACCAAGCAGGGGCACAAGAGGAAAAACUGGAAGGUGCGGCGCUUUGUCCUGAGGAAGGAUCCGGCUUACCUGCACUACUACGACCCUUCCAAAGAGGAGAACCGGCCAGUAGGGGGUUUUUCUCUUCGAGGUUCUCUUGUGUCCGCCCUGGAGGAUAAUGGUGUUCCCACUGGGGUUAAAGGAAAUGUCCAGGGAAAUCUCUUCAAAGUGAUUACUAAGGAUGAUACACAUUAUUAUAUCCAGGCCAGCAGCAAGGCUGAACGAGUUGAAUGGAUUGAAGCUAUCAAAAAGCUAACAUGACAAGAUGACGUAAGGAAACAGCAGGAUCCUGCCUUGUACCAGAUGACAGACAGGAUUUCCUGGAGAAUGAGUCUGUCUGACUUCACUUCUUCAAAUAUAUUGUACUGUCUUGGACUCAAGAUUGGUGGAGUUGCUAGGAUUGCAGUUGGCCAUGGUUAUGGCUGUUUCCUCCCCUCCACCUUUCCAUUAACCUGGAAGCACUAGAAGAGCCAUUAGGCAGUGG